AUGAGAAAACUCUUAGCCUCUGUUGUUGUUGAAGCAUCAAAUUCAUCAUCCACAAUGAUCAAUGAUCAGUCGGCUGAAAAAGAUGAUUUCUCUCCGACAAGUUUAACCGAACACAACAAUGGACCAUUCAUGGAUGAUAUAAUUUUUGAAAUUCUUCACUUCCUUGAUUCAUUGUUUAUCAUUCAAAUUUGUAUGAAAAUUUCAAAACAAUGGAGACUGGUAUCAUUUUAUAUUCCUCUCUCAUUAUCAUUCAAACCAAAUCACUUCAUACAAGAUGGUAAAUCAAUCAAACUUUUAGCUCAUUGUGCAACUUUGAAAAAUUUGACUUCUUUGGAUCUGUAUUUCAAUGGAAUUGGUAACGAAGGUGUUAAAUAUAUUGCUGAAAGUGAAUACUUGAAGAAUUUGACUUCUUUGAAUCUGGAGUUGAAUCAAUUUGGUAGUGAAGGUGUUAAAUAUAUUACUGAAAGUGAAACGUUGAAGAAUGUGAUUUCUUUGAAUCUGAGUGACAAUCAAUUUGGUAGUGAAGGUGUCAAAUAUAUUGCAGAAAGUGAACGCUUGAAGAAUUUGACUUCUUUGGAUCUGAGUGUCAAUCAAAUUGGUGUUGAAGGUGUCAAAUAUAUUACUGAAAGUGAAACGUUGAAAAAUUUAACUUCUUUGGAUCUGUAUUACAAUGGAAUUGGUAACGAAGGUGUCAAAUAUAUUGCAGAAAGUGAAACGUUGAAGAAUGUGACUUCUUUGGAUCUGGGCGACAAUCAAAUCGGUAGUGACGGUGUCAAGUAUAUUGCCGCAAGUGAAUGCUUGAAUUUAACUUCUUUGAAUCUGCGUAGUAAUGAAAUUGGCAGUGAAGGUGUCAAAUAUAUUGCCACGAGCGAGUCCUUGAAGAAUUUGACUUAUUUGGAUCUGUAUUACAGUGAAAUUGGCAGUGAAGGUGUUAAAUAUAUUGCUGAAAGUGCAACGUUGAAGAAUGUAUCUUACUUGGAUCUGAGUGACAAUCAAAUCGGUAGUGAAGGUGUCAAAUAUAUCGCUGCAAGUGAAUGCUUGAAAAAUUUGACUUAUUUGGAUCUGUAUUACAGUGAAAUUGGCAGUGAAGGUGUUAAAUAUAUUGCCACAAGCGAAUCCUUGAAGAAUUUGACUUCUUUGAAUCUGAGGGACAAUCAAAUCGGUAGUGAAGGUGUCAAGUAUAUUGCCACAAGUGAAUACUUGAAUUUGACUUCUUUGAAUCUGUGUAGCAAUGAAAUUGGCAGUGAAGGUGUCAAAUAUAUUGCUGAAAGUGAAUCCUUGAAGAAUUUGAUUUCUUUGGAUCUGCGUAGCAAUGAGAUUGGCAGUGAAGGUGUCAAAUAUAUUGCCACAAGUGAGUCCUUGAAGAAUUUGACUUCUUUGAAUCUGGAACGGAAUGGAAUUAGUAAUGAAGGUGUUAAAAAUAUUGCUAUGAGUGAAUGUUUGAAAAUUUUGACUUCGUUGAAUCUGAGUAAUAAUAACAUUGACAAAGAAGGUGUUAAAUAUAUUGCCGCAAGUGAGCCCUUGAAGAAUUUGACUUAUUUGAAUCUGAACAAUAAUAAUAUUGACAAAAAAGGUGUCAAAUAUAUUGCCGCUAGUGAAUGGUUGAAGAAUUUAACCUCUUUGGAUCUUUAUUACAAUAGAAUUCGCAGAGAAGAUGUCAAACAUUUUGCCACGAGUGAAUGGUGGAAGAAAAUGGCAAUUGGAGUUGAAAAAUGA